ACACCGAAGCACGUCUCUUUUUCUGGGUGAUCUGAUGAGUGCGCCCCUGCAAUAUAUACUUCAUCUAUAGCAGGGCUUAUUACCGACAUGUUGUGUAUUAACCCUCGCAGGGGGUGUUUUGGAGUUAUUAUCGUCUGAUGGUAAAUAUCAUUUCCGAGGACUGACCAGAUUCUUCAAUUAGAGGCUUCGAGCUUGACUUUGCAUAUUGCGACACUUCAACUGCACAGAUGUUAGCUCUGUACGAAACGUCUUAGCGAUGGGGUAUCGGUCACAUACCAGGUUGAGUUUACCCAUGUCAAGAAAUAUUGCACAGGGCUGCAGACGACGACGUCUUGGCACCUGAGAGAGUGGCACUGACUGGUAUCCAAUCCGCUUUCUACCUGGUCUGGCGACUGCGGCCAGGUCAACAUAAGCGACCUCGGGCGCUUAUCUUGCGUCCAGGUAGGUCAGGGCGGUAGGUCUUCAGGAAUAUUGGUCUGUCAUUCUCCGUUUGGCUCUUUCAUCGCGUCGCGAUCUCACGCACUAUUGAGAUCCACGAUGGAGAGACCUGCUAAAAACCUCUUCGACGGUAUCUCUCGAAUCAUCCCUCGAUCAUCCAAAUAUUCCAAGUCGACUGUCAUUUCGCAGUCGCUCUCGGAAACAAAAUCGCUCGGACUCGCGAUCUUUGCUGAAGGAGCUGACCCCAUCGUUGACAUCGUGGCUCUUCAUGGACUCAAUGGCCACCGAGAGAAGACAUGGACUGCCGCAAAUGAUGUUCUUUGGCUGCGAGAUCUACUUCCCACUGAUCUCCCAAAUGCGAGGAUCUUUAGUUGGGGAUACAACGCAGAUGUGUUUGGUGGUACCCACGGCAUUGACCAGCAGCAUAUAUAUGACCAUGGAAGGACCCUCAUCAGCGAUUUGUGUCUAAAAAGACGGCUUACAAAAACGCAGAGACGUCCUAUCAUUUUCAUCGCUCACAGCUUGGGAGGUAUCGUUGUGAAAAGCGCUUUGAUCCAUUCAGAUGCUGCGAGGAACGGUGCACUCGAAGACCACAAGGCAAUCGCACUCUCGACUUAUGGAAUAGUCUUCAUGGGCACUCCUCAUCAAGGCGGCAACGGAGUCGCAUUGGGAAGGGCAAUCAUCGACAUAGCGUCCAUAUUCGUCAAAGCUGAUUCCAAAUUUAUCAAAAAUCUGGAAAGGGAUUCACAGCUGCUGCAUCAACAGUUGGGCCAGUUUGCGACCAUAAGUAACCAGUUUACGACGAAAUUUGCUUACGAGACUCUGCCGACGCCGACUGCAUUUGGCAAGUCAAUGAUAAUUGUACCGAUAGGCUCUGCAAUGGUUCCGGGAGUUGCUGAUGGAGAAGCAGUGGCAAUCAUGGCUGACCAUCGAAAUAUGGUCAGAUUUCUGUCACGGGACGAUAAUGGUUAUGAGAAAAUAUCUGGGCAUCUUCUGCUAAUGAUGGAAGAUGCGGCGAUCAAAAUAGACCAUCGGUGGGAGACAGAUGAUGAACAGAAAAGGGUUGUGUCAGGCAAGGUCAAGAAAAUCACCAUUAAUAUGCUCAAAGAUAUGUCGAACUCAUACUUCACCGGCCGGCAAGAGGAGCUUGCAAAGCUGCGACAGUACAUGACGGCGGAAAAUUCAGUAAAACGACGCCAAGCCGUUAUCUGGGGAAUUGGUGGCGCUGGCAAAACCGAAGUUGCGGUCAACUAUGCUUUGCAGUACAGUCAAGAUUUCUCUGCGAUCUUCUUUGUCAAUGCCAAAGACACUUCCGAAAUUCGGAGAGGUUACGCUGAUAUUGCGAGCCACCUUGGUCUAUCCGAAGCUGUUGGAAAGGAACUGGCUGAAACAGACGUUGCUGCUCAGGUUGCAGCAAUCGAGGCUGUCAAAUCUUGGCUUCGAAAACAAGAGAAUGGGGAUUGGCUUCUUAUUAUUGACAAUGCAGACGACCUCGAUGGAGUCAGCAUUGAAGAGUAUAUACCUCAUGGAAAUAAGGGCCAUAUCAUACUCACUAGUCAGGAUCGCGGUGCAGCUAAUUUUUGUCCUGCUACAAUUGAGCUCGGAGAAAUGAAAAAGGAAGAUGCUGAAGCGCUGUUCCUUCAGAAAGCCUGCAUCGCAAACCCGACCAAGGAGCAAAUGACCGUCUGUACCGAGAUCGUAAACAAGCUUGGGCGCCUUGCUCUGGCUGUUGAGCAUGCAGGUGCUUAUGUGCAUAACAACGACAUGGCAUCCAGGCCCGAGGACUAUUUGAUGGAAUUCGAGAAGAGAAAAAAGGAAGUCCUCGAAGAAUCUCCACGUUUUAGUCGCCAUAAAUCAUCCAUGAUGGCAACUUAUAUGGUGACCCGAACAGCCAUUAUCAAGCGUAACAUUAAAGCACAAUAUCUACUUGCUUGGAUAAGCGCUUUGGAUGGGACAGCUGUACCUGAAAGCCUCUUAGUCUCAAAGCAUGUGACAGAGAUGCACAAAUACUGGAAUCAAGACUAUUCAGAUGAUUUUGAUGACGCGAAAAAGGUUUUACUUUCCUAUUCUCUCAUUCAGAUUCGCAGGACGGAACAAGGCGCAUUUAUCUCGAUGCAUGGGCUCGUCCAUCAAUGUGUGCAAGCGAGGCUUUCUCAGGUCGAUCAAUGGAGAUGGAUUCAUUUCUCUUCAUAUACUCUCUUUACGCUUACAAAAGCGAAUGCAUUUGAGAGAUCUCAUUUCUCUCACGUCAAGCACGUCUUAGAAACAGUGAAAGAUAGGUUAAAGCAGCCAGAAAAUGGCCUCCCGUCGACAGAGAUAUGGUUCUGCCUCACCUUUCUAAUGCAUUCGCAUAUUGUUAUGUGGAGAGAUGCUGGAUUAAUGCAGGAGCUACAUAUGUACUCAAUAAUGGUCAUGGACAGUUUGGAAAAUACCGAGGAUACGGAAUAUACGGCCAUAACGCUGGGAGUUGCUGCGACUGUGCGGGGGAUCUGUGGAGCGUACUCCAAUUUUGAAGACGAGGUGCAUGACUUGUGUAUAAGACAGUAUCUCAAGAAACAAAUGACGCCAUCGGCAAUGGCAGCACUCAAGCAAAUCGAAGAUGGAACGCGGCCUGCCACGACUUUCGACCAGUCUUGUUUAAAGGAGAUCUACAGAAACCCGAGCCCUAAUCUCACUCCACUACUUUCUGAGCUCACAAGAGCGGUGGCUGCGGCAUACGUUGGGCGUGGAAAGCCAGAGUUGAGCUCAUUGUAUUAUCGCAUCAGCCAUCUGCCACUCGAAAGUACUUGGAAGUCUCGGGUGUCGGCAUUUCUAAUGUGGCUACUGACCUAUAUCGUCUGUCAUUUCCGAGGGACUCCAAUGCCAGAAGCCCUUGAAUCCCAGCAGGUUCUAGCUGCACGCGACCGACUGGCCGGCAAUAUCCAAAGCACAAUGGUUUUCUUCCGCCAAACUAUAGCUCAGCACACCCCAGGCGAUCUGAAGUAUGAGUGUGCAUCAUUCGAGCUCUUUCGGCUACUCAUGAAGCAAGGGGAAACUGAAGAAGCAACGGCCCUGGUAGACAAACUGAUGUAUCCUUCCGUCGAUCUCUCUGAAGCUGACAUUGCACGGGUGCAUUACAAGGACAUGUAUGUGUGGAUGCGCAAAAUGAAGGUGAUGCUUCUUCUGCAAGAUCAUGCUACCCAUGGCGAAGCCAAGGCGUACCUCGUACGGAUUUUGGAGACGACGGAAAAGGUGUUUGGGCCGAAGAGCUUGAGCACUGUACACGCUACCCUGCUACUCGAGAUCUUCCACCGACAGCCUUGUUGCUAUGAUGAAGCGGUCGGAGAAGCGUACAAAGAAAAGAAAGAGGAAAUGUUCAAGUUGCUGUAUGGAAGUACGCCUGCGGUGAUGCGACGUCAGGAAGGAUUGCGGAUGGGGAAAGAAUUGCUCAGGCAGGGAGCGCUGGAGGAAGCGGGGUAUGUCAUUCGGAUGUUUGCGAGGAUGGCGAGUGAAGAAUUGGGAGACGAUGAUCCGACUACAGUCGAGGCAAAAAGACUGUUUGGUGUUGUGGAGAAAGAAAUGGCGGAGGAGUUGGAGGAUUUGAAGGAGGGCAAGGUGAGUCUACGGUGGGGUAGUAUUACUUUUAUGAGGGAUGUGUCGGAGUUAUAGAUCUGCCCUGGUUGCAAUUUAUCUGCCAUUCGUCUCGAUUUGUAUUGAAUACCAAUGCGCUUUGUCUGACCUUGCUGUUCUAUCACCUUUGCUUCUGCGCCAG